AUGGGUGUUCAUUCAUUUUGGGACGUAGUAGGGCCUACAGCAAGACCUGUAAGACUAAAGUCCCUUCAGGACAAAAAGAUGGCUGUGGAUGCAUCCAUUUGGAUUUACCAAUUCAUGAAGGCCGUCAGGGAUCAAGAUGGUAAUAGAGUGAGUAAUUCACAUAUCACAGGGUUCUUUAGAAGGAUCUGUAAGCUAUUAUACUUUGGUAUACAACCUGUCUUCGUCUUCGAUGGUGGUGUCCCCGCUUUGAAAAGAGAUACUAUUAAGCAAAGACGAGAAAUACGACAGGGGAAAAGAGAUAAUGCACAAAAGACUGCUAAGAAAUUGUUAGCUUUGCAACUACUUCAAAAUGACAAGACCAUGUCUGCAUCACCAUCACCUAAAAAGAAUAAAGAGAUGUCUUUCAAGCCGCACGAUGAUUGGGAUUUACCUGAGAUUAAAGGGUUUAAGUAUGAUACAGAUGAUCAAAGAAUUAUAUCCACCAAGGAGUUUGAAAAUGUAAUAAGUUCUUUGGAUGAUGAAUUAGAUAAUAUUGAUUUGGACUCCAUUAAUCCCGCGUCCAAAGAAUUUGAAGAAUUACCCAAAUCAACUCAGUAUACGAUUCUUUCCACGCUACGUCUACGAUCAAGAUUAAGAAUGGGGUACACUAAGGAACAAUUAGAAGAUAUUUUCCCCAAUAGUAUGGAUUUUUCAAAAUUUCAAAUCAAUAUGGUCAAGAGAAGAAACUAUUUUACCCAAAAAUUGAUGAAUACGACAGGGUUCCAUGACAGUGGUGCUUCAAAAUUAAAUGAUGAAGUCAUUGAUAGAAUAUCCGGCCAACUCCAUAAAGAGUAUAAAUUACAAAAGGUUGAAAACGGAUGGGCUCUUGGUUUAGGAAAUAUGGAUGGUUCUGAACGUGCUAAGGCAGUCAUCUUGGAUGAAAAUGAUAACGACGAUGGAGAUGAUGAUAUUAAGUUUGUGGGUAAACGGAAAAUCAGUAAAAAUGACGAAGAAGAAGAUGAGGAGGAGGAGGAAGCCGAUUUUGAUUGGGAAGAUGUUGAUUUAAAAUCAAAGAAUAAAAAGCAAAUUGAAGAUUAUUCUUUAAAGGCAGCCAAACUACCACAACUAGAGAAAAAAAUUCAAACUGUAGGAGGACAAUCUUUCCUUGAUAAACGACCAACUCAGGAAUCACCAGCUAAAAAAAAUACUUCAUCGAGCAUACAAUAUGUUAACGUCAACGAAGAUGAAGAUCAAGGCAGUGAAGAUGAUGAGUAUCUUCAACAGCUGCAGGAAAUCGAGAUGAUGGAAGCAUAUCAAAGAUCUAUGAACGAUUCAAACAAAAAAACACAAACAACUCUUACGGAAAAGAAUAAUUCAUUGGAACAAGAUGAUUUAAAUAUUGAACAAUUAUCCAAAGCAAAAGCUAAUGAUUUAAAAAAAAUAACAAAGAAACUAGAAUUUCAAAAGGACGUCACGAUUCUCCCUGAAGAAAAUGUAAUGAAUUCUAAUAACGUUGACGUGAACGAUAAAUUACCUCCAAAACCAAUACUUACAGAAAAUGAACAGAACCUAAACUAUAUUGUCAGCAAGAUUCCAGCAGUUGAUUUCAGUAAUAAUAGUUCUCUACUAUUUCAAAAUGAGACUACAGAAAAGAAGGUAAACGACGAUACUAACAUGAAAAAGGCACCGCUACCCGAAACACCUUCUUGGUUCCAUGGGAACUCUAGUAUGGAACCCAUAAACCCUUUUGCCACUUCCAAUUUUGUGGAGGACAAGUCAAUCGACGAUAUAACAAAUGAAGGAGGUAGCAAAGAUCAUAUGUUAGUUACUGGGCCUAACGUGGAGCACUUUUUGAAGAGACAGAAUGUGGGUUAUGCUGGUUCAACUGAUAACCCUGUGCCAAUUAAUGAACCUGUCUCGGAUGAUGAUCUCAAAGAAAUAGUUCCCAACGAAACUCAAAGUCCUGACUCCACUCCUUCUCCAAUAAUGUCAGAGAAUGAAGGUGAAAGAGAAGAAAGGAAACCACUUGCCUUUGAUUACGAUUUUUCCGAGGAGGAAGAAGAAAAUCUUGUAGAAAACAUACGGAGGGAGGAGGAAGGGUUUCAAGAUUUUAAGACAUCAACUUUAUUCAAUAACCCAUCUAUUGGAACCAGUUCCGCCGAAAAUGCGUUUCUGGAAGACGAACUUUAUAAGCAACAAGUGAAAGAGAAAAGAGACUCUGAUGAAGUUACACCGGAGAUGAUCCAAGACGUGCAAGAAUUACUUUCUAGGUUUGGUGUACCCUAUAUAACUGCACCAAUGGAAGCUGAAGCACAAUGUGCUGAGCUUUUACAAUUGAAGCUGGUGGAUGGUGUUGUUACUGAUGAUAGUGAUGUGUUUCUAUUUGGUGGUUCAAAGAUUUAUAAAAAUAUGUUCCAUGAGAAGAAUUAUGUGGAAUUUUAUGAUAGUGAAUCGAUCCUAAGAAACUUGGGUUUGGAUAGAGAAAAUAUGAUCGAACUGGCAGAAUUAUUAGGAAGUGAUUAUACCAAUGGUAUAAAGGGUAUGGGGCCGGUAUCUAGUCUAGAAGUUCUUGCAGAAUUUGGAAAUUUAAAAGAGUUUAGAAACUGGUACAAUGAAGGUCAAUUUGAUAAGAAGAAACAGGAGGGGGAAACAAAAUUUCAAAAGGAUCUUAGGAAAAGAUUGGUUAAUAAUAAAAUUGUUUUGGAUUCAAAUUUCCCCAGCGAACUGGUUCAUGAUGCAUAUAUCAACCCUGAGGUAGAUCAUGAUACUACUGCUUUUAAAUGGGGACUCCCAGACUUGGAUUUACUGCGUCUUUUCCUUAAGACACAUGCUGGCUGGCCACAGGAGAAAUCCGAUGAAGUUUUAAUUCCCUUGAUCAGAACAAUCAAUAAUCGUAAAAAGGCAAGUAAACAAAGGACAUUAACAGAAUUCUUCCCCACAGAAUAUAUUCAAGAGAAGACGCUUAACAUGAGUAAGAGGCUGGCCGGUGCCACAGGGAAGAUUAAGAAGAGAAGAUUGAAGUAG